AUGAUACAGCUCAAUCAAGACUAUCAGAUACUGAUCUGCCGGUCAUGUCAAGCAGCUGUUCGGCCGGGCCCGGGUAUCGAGUCACAUUUCCGACACGAGCAUCAGCUUAAGGGCCAAGUGCUCAAGGACAUCAAAGACUACUACGGCAUGCUCGAGCUAGCUGACCCAAAGCUUACUGCUCUCCCCGAAGAUAAUAGCCCGGCAAUUAAAGAGCUUGCUAUUUCAGAUGGAUAUAGCUGUCGCGCAUGCCGAUAUGUCACUGUUGCACGCGAUAAUAUCGUCCGUCAUUGGCGAGAGGCAGGGCACGGUGCAGUAGAGGAACGAUGGAAUAAGGUGCGGCUACAGACGUGGAUGCGAGGAAGGAGUCACGCGCGCUACUGGAUCGUUCGAGACGAUAGCGAUAGCAACGGCCCGCCCGAUACAGCUAAUGCAGCUGAUGCUACAAGUCGGAGUGCUAUGGAUGAGCUCAUUGCUGCAAGCCAGGCUCGAUUGGAAGAGGAGGAUGCCGUACGACUACGGAAGGGUGACUUGAAGGAAGAGAUCGACCGUGACUCGCCGUGGGUCAAGAGGCUAGGCUGGGUACGACACUUUAGCUCCCGGGACUUGAUCAACAUUCACGACGCAGCCCAGUGGCUACGGGCGAGGGAAGUAACAGGCAGGUCAGCUGGAAGGCAAGAAGACGAGGAAGCAGCUCGUGAACGACAGUUGCUUAGCCGGCUUGGAGAGAGCUUUGAUCGUGAGGUUCAACGUUGCUGCUGGCGACCUGAUAGCGUGCCGACCGAGACGUUGCAGUGGCUUAACAGCAUUUCAUCAGUAACCCCAAGCGGUGUGCCGUUUGGUCGUAAAGGCAAGGAAGAAUCGAUGAGCCUAGUACUCCAGUCCCAAAUCAACUCUGGCAGAGUUGAUUUUAUUUGA